UAAUGCACUGCUUCUGUGCCCUCCAGCCUGUCGUGGGUGCUCUGGCCAAUGAGGACGGCUCAUUCCCUGGCACACGCUUCAAAUCCCUCCACCUCCUCCUGAUAACCUGCCACCGACACACUGACGGAUGAUUCUGCUUCAUGGUGACAGGUCUCCCGGACAGGCCGUCGCCGCUGCUGGAAACUCAAGGUUAACUUUCCCCAAGUCUAGGGAGCGCUCAGGCGUCUGUAAAGCUGGAGUUGCAGUGGAUUGUAAGCAGGUGCGGUGGAUAUACACACUUGUGGAGCAGGACGCUCACACUGAAGUCUAAGCAUCAUGGAGGAGAACAACAUGGAUCAGCCCACGUCUUUAUCUCAGCACUUACGAGAGAGUUAUUUAUCCGAAGCCAGAGCCCAUCACAGACACGGCGAGCCCAGCCUAAUCGACGCGCCUCGACUUCUGCUGUACGGGACGGUUAAAGAGAAACCGGAGGAUUUAGGCGGGAAAGUGGACGCUCAGUUUCCAGACCUUUCUGCCUUCCUGAGCCAAGAAGAACUGGAUAAGAGUGUGGAUCUGGCUUGCAAAGCGAUCAGCAAUGAUCCACGAGAACGUGAGGAGAGAUGCCCACAAAUGAGCCAUUUCUCCAGCAAACCCACUCAGGUCGUGUCCGAGUCGAGUCAACCGAUCCAGCCUUUAAUCGAAGAAAACACGAUCAGGAGCGUCAGAACUUCCAGGGAAGCGGCGGCCGAUUUCAAAAGACCCCAACGAAACGCUCCUUAUGGCUUGGAAACCCAAUCCAAGAAGGAGUUCCUCAACAAGGCCGCCGACUUCAUAGAAGAGCUUUCGUCUCUGUUCAAGUCCAACAGUUCUAAGCGAGUUCGGCCGCGUACGUGUAAAGCGCACCGGAGCCGAUACCAGAACAAAACCCAACUCGAUGGAACUUCGUACUCCAUUAAUGCUGACGAUAGAGAACGGACGAUUCGAAUGGAGGAGCCGAUGGAGAACAAUCAAGUCUUGGACACAGAGGAGCCCGAGGAACCGGAGGAACCGGAGCCGUCGCGUGAAAUUGAGUGUGAAGCACCGGCUCUGAUACAAGCCGAGGAACCCGUGUGUGAACCUCCACACUUUAUACAGAAACUCAAAAGCAGGGAGGUUCCCGAGGGAAGUAAAGUCCAGUUGGAUUGUAUCGUCAGAGGACUGCCUGCUCCUGAAGUCCGGUGGUUUUGUGAGGGUAAAGAGUUGGAAAACAGUCCUGAUAUUCAGAUCAUCACCAACGGUGAGCGACACUCUCUGAUCAUAGCCGAGGCAUUUGAAGAAGACACAGGCAGAUACUCGUGCUUUGCCUCCAACUUUUAUGGCACAGACUCCACCUCAGCAGAAAUCUACAUUGAGGGAGCGUCUUCAUCGGAUUCUGACGGAGAACAACAUUUUGAAGAACAAUCUCCUCAGCCCAAGCCUGCUGAGAUCUCGGUUGAGUUCAACACAUCUGCUGAAGACACAACUGUGACAACCACCUGCACUGAACCACCAGCACCUUCAGACGCUAACUCUCCAUCUGAACAAGAAGAUACAGAACUUCUGAGAACCAAGGUCGUCAGCACUGAAAUAACUCUACUAGAACCAACCAUACCUGUACUAGAACCAACCAUACCUGUACUAGAACGAGCCGUACCUGUACUAGAACCAACUGUACCUGUAUUAGAACAAGCCAUACCUGUACCAGAACCAACCGUACCUGUACUAGAACCACUAGAGCCAAUAUCUGAGGUGGAACCAACUCCGCUUUCUCCAACCCUCACCAUAACACCAUCAUCACUUCAAUCAAGCCAAAGUAUCUCUGAUAUACUGUUAACGUCUCAACAGAGCAUUCCUGAGAAUCUAAAUGGCAGCAGUAGUUAUCUUCAAAACUUCGAUGUGAGGCCCAUAAUGGCAGCUCCUGUUUUUACAAAGAACCUUCAGGACGUCCUGGCUCUGGAGAGUCAGCUGGUAGUGCUGGAGUGCCGAGUAAAAGGCAUUCCCUCCCCCAAAGUGGACUGGUACAGAGAGGGAACACUUAUUGAAGAUUCUCCAGACUUCAGGAUCCUUCAGAAGAAACCAAGAUCUAUGGCUGAAUCUGAGGAGAUAUGUACGUUGGUUAUUGCGGAGGUCUUUCCAGAGGAUUCUGGAACAUUUACUUGCACAGCCAGCAAUAAAUAUGGCACAGUUUCCAGCAUCGCAGUGUUGAGAGUGAAAGGACACAAUAAUAACAACACCACCAAACCCACAACAACAAGCACUUUAACUGUGGAAUCCUCUCCACCAAAGUUUCAAGCAACAGACCUGAAAUCAACAACUUUGAAGCGCAAGCCAGAUGUCCCUCUGGUAAACAACAAGAUUCACUCAAGUAUGAUUUGUCUCGACCCUUUGAGCACUGGCUUUAAGCAGUCAGGCCCUCUGGACUCUGAAACCUUUCGUUCAGACUCCCUAAACCCUAGUAUGUUUCGCCAUGAGCUCAGCACUAGCCUGCCAAGUCUAAACCCUCUCAGCAUUGGUAAACACAGCUCAGAUACUUUCAAGAGUAGUUUACCUCGGCUAGACCCACCCAGCUUCAAUGCUUCUUCUCUGACCUCCGAUUCGAACCAUAAGUCUGUCAACUCUAGCACUACACACUUCGAUUCAGGAGGGUCUGGUUGUAAGCCUUCCACAGAAGUGAACCAAAGUCCAUCCAAUGGAUUAGCCUCUCUGAACUUGGAUCACCAAAAUGGUUCAAACUCUACCUCCUGCCUUUCUGUUACUAGUCCCAAAACAGUAAACAUCAGUAACCAUCAAGAGCAACCACCUGUUAAACCCCUACCGGAUCCCCCAACCUCUUGCCUCAAGACAAGACCCGAGGGUGUGUUAGCGAAUCACAAUGAACCCCGCUCUACUUCUCGAGCUGGUCUCCGCGUAACCUUUAAACUCCCGGAGGAUGAAGAAGAAGAAGAGGAGAAGGAAAUCUCAUCCAAAGAACCCCCACCGGUGUUGGCUAAACCAAAAUUAGACCCAGUGCAGCUUCAGAUCCUCCACAAUCAGGUGCUUUUGGAACAGCUGCAAGAUAACGUCUCCCCAAGCCAAGAGUUACCACAUUUAGACGGGACAAAUUGUGAGCCUCCGCCUGUCACGCCAACUCAACCUCCAGUGCCACCUCUCGUAAUUCCCUCCGGUCCAAUUCCACAGCUGAUCCCUGCAUCCAUCCCUGCUCCCAUAUUAAAAGCAGUUCCUGUAUCCCAUUUAACCAAUUCCAUACCCUUGCCCCAACUUACUCCAUCAGCCACAACCUUACACACCCUUCAACAAAAUCUGGUUCCUACUACUUUGUUAAACACUGUUCCACCAAGUAUGGUUCCUUCUACCUUAAUACCCCCAAACAAUUCGGUGCCUAUCUCAACCAAUGUGCCAAGUGUGAUACCAAUAACUCAACCUAUAGGACCUCCCAACAUCCCUAUGCCUCAAUCAAAUGUGGGACACUCUAUGCCGUUUCUUCAAAUUAUGGCUCCAUCCAUCCAACCAAACCCUAACUACGUGACCAAUAAGCCACCCAUUACUCCUUCCAGUCAUAUAUCACAAAUGAACAUGAAUCCAACCUUUCAGAUGAACUCUGUUCCAAAUAGUGACGCAUUGAUGACCCCUAAUGCAGCAGUGGUGAACAAGUUAAACACCACCUCAAUUACUCAUCCCAGCAUGGCUCCACAAGACACACGUUCUCAAAAUGUGUCCUAUCCACCCGUGAGUAUCGUCCCCACACCGCAUAUGGUGAGAAAUCCACCUGCGCCCAUCCCGAGUCAACCGAACAACACCUCCCAGCCUCCACUUCCCGGGAUUUUUCCCAUCUCCGCCCAGAGCUUCAGCUACACCAGGCCGAAGGAGUUCAUCGCAGCUCAGACGCUCUCUCCCACCAGGAGUCUUUCUCCAACUGAGUCUCCUGUUCCAAUGCUACACGAAUUAGCAGCGCAGAUAUUCCCAAAGUCAACGCGGGAGAUCACGUCGCCCGUCAACCAGUUUGCUCCGUCCCCAAGAAAGUUUCCAACAAGAGUCCUGGAGUCUCCGAGAAGCCCCCCGUAUGUGUCCUCGCCACCUCUGUUGCCUCCUGGCCUGGUGAACUCAGUGUUUUCUUUCAGAACUCAGUCUCCAACACAAGCUUCUUCACCGUCUACGUCUAGCAGCUCCAGCCCCAGUCCCAUCCAAAAUCCAGUGGCCUUCCUUAGUUCCGUCCUUCCUUCACUUCCAACAUCUCCUCCGACCAAUGCAAUGGGGUUGCCCAAAAGGGCCCCACUGGGGCCUCAAAGUUCACUGAAGAAGAAUCAAAGAGUUUCCAGACUCAUGUCCGAUAGUGAGCUCCGCGAAAGCAAGGAAACACUCUUACAAGAUAUUGAGAAGACGUUGCGAUUUAAAGAUGAACCACAUCAUUUUGGACAACAGAAGCCGAGUUAUGUGGGGGAAGUGAGCCGAUCUCUCGGACCAAACAUUCCCACUGCGGCUGUCGUUAACUAUGACGAGGAAUACAAGGUGUCGAGCUUUGAGCAGCGGCUAAUGAGUGAGAUUGGGUUUCGUUUGGAGAGAACUCCGGUCGAAGAGUCGGAUGAUGAAGUUCAGCAUGAUGAGAUUCCCACGGGAAGAUGCAUCGCGCCCAUUUUCGACAAGAAACUGAAGCACUUGAGGGCCGUGGAAGGGAUUCCCGUCACGUUUACAUGUAAAGUCGUCGGGAUUCCAAUUCCCAAGGUUUACUGGUUUAAGGAUGGGAAGCAGAUUUUGAAGAAGAACGAGCACUACAGGAAAAUCAGAGAGGGUGAUGGGACGUGUUCGCUACACAUAGAAGCCGCUACGAGCGACGAUGACGGCAAUUACACAGUCAUGGCAGCAAAUCCACAGGGUAGAAUAAGCUGCUCUGGUCAUUUGAUUGUCCAAACGGGUCCCGUGCGAAACCGGCCCAUGGUUCACGCUCAGAGAGUCCGAGCGCGCGUACAAGAAGUGGAGGGAGAACCGGCUCAAGAACGCUUCUUUCGUCCACACUUUCUGCAGGCUCCAGGGGACAUGUUGGCCCACGAGGGCCGGCUCUGUCGGCUGGACUGCAAGGUGAGCGGAUUACCUCAUCCGGAGAUCAUGUGGCUUCUCAACGGGAAGCCCAUAUAUCCCGACAUAACUCAUCGAAUGCUGGUGCGAGAAAACGGCAUCCAUUCUCUGGUUGUGGAUCCUCUGACUCAAGCUGACGACGGGACGUACACCUGCAUCGCCUCAAAUAAAGCGGGACAGAGUUCCUUCUGCCUCCAGCUCAGAGUCGUGGAGAAAGAGCUAAAGCAGGCUCCGUAUUUCGUGGAGAAGCUGCAGAACACGGGCGUCGCUGAAGGAGCUCCGGUGCGCCUCGAGUGCAGAGUUGUGGGAAUGCCACAGCCACUCAUUUACUGGAAGAAAGACAAUGAUACGAUCCCUCACUCCAAGGACAGGGUCAGCAUGCAUCAGGACACUACAGGUUACGUAUGUCUACUAAUUCAACCGACCAGAAAAGAAGAUGCUGGCUGGUAUACGGUGUCUGCAAAGAACGAGGCCGGGAUCGUAUCGUGCACAGCCAGACUAGACAUUUAUGCUCAGUGGCACCAGCCGGUCCAUCCUCCCCUGAAGAGAACGCAGAUCAGCUCCAGUCGCUACGCCGCUCUCACCGCACACGGCCUGGAUGUAAAGUCUGCUUUUCCCACGAGUGACGGCGGCCCCCGGGCGGCCCCCACACAGGAGAGUGACGAGCUGUAGGUGUGUGUGUGUGUGUGUGCAGGCUAUGAGGACGGCCAGAUGUUUCAGAGAAUACUGCAGUCUGUACAGAGAAUACAACACUGUCUAUAGUCUACAUAAAGAGACUGAAACCUGACGUUUGAGUGUGUGUGUGUGUGUGUGUGUGUGAGAGAGAGAGAGAGAGAGAGAGAGAGAGAGGGUGUGU